AUGAGGGAGAUCCUGCACAUCCAGGGCGGGCAGUGCGGGAACCAGAUCGGGGCCAAGUUCUGGGAGAUCUGGGCGUUUUCCUCGACAUUUUCGAGUAUGCAUUCUAUUUAUGCGGUUACUUGGAUGAAAUGCUUGGUUCGGUUUCCCCUAAUCAUUGUUUAUGCGGUUCAAAGAUUUCAGGUUUGCCAUUCAUUGGGUGGAGGUACUGGCUCUGGGAUGGGCACCCUGCUCAUCUCAAAAAUCAGGGAAGAGUACCCAGAUAGGAUGAUGCUGACAUUCUCAGUUUUCCCAUCACCUAAGGUGUCUGAUACCGUAGUAGAACCUUACAAUGCUACACUCUCAGUUCAUCAACUUGUUGAGAAUGCUGAUGAGUGUAUGGUCCUUGACAAUGAAGCUCUUUACGACAUCUGCUUCCGCACUCUGAAGCUUGUUACACCAACUUUUGGUGACCUGAACCAUCUCAUCUCUGCAACCAUGAGUGGUGUUACCUGCUGCCUGCGGUUCCCAGGCCAGCUGAACUCUGACCUCCGGAAGCUUGCAGUCAACUUGAUACCCUUCCCUCGCCUCCAUUUCUUCAUGGUUGGCUUUGCACCACUGACAUCAAGGGGAUCCCAGCAGUACCGUGCCCUCACCGUCCCCGAGCUGACCCAGCAGAUGUGGGAUGCCAAGAACAUGAUGUGCGCAGCUGACCCACGACACGGGCGCUACCUGACAGCAUCAGCCAUGUUCCGUGGGAAGAUGAGCACCAAGGAGGUGGACGAGCAGAUGCUGAAUGUGCAGAACAAGAACUCGUCCUACUUCGUGGAGUGGAUCCCGAACAACGUGAAGUCGAGCGUGUGUGACAUCCCUCCCAAUGGCCUGAAGAUGGCGUCCACAUUCAUCGGCAACUCCACCUCGAUCCAGGAGAUGUUCAGGCGUGUGAGCGAGCAGUUCACGGCCAUGUUCCGGCGCAAGGCUUUCUUGCACUGGUACACCGGGGAGGGCAUGGACGAGAUGGAGUUCACUGAGGCUGAGAGCAACAUGAACGACCUGGUGGCUGAGUACCAGCAGUACCAGGACGCCACGGCGGAUGACGAAGAGGAGUACGAGGAUGAGGAGGAAGAGGUGGCUGCCUAA